AUGGCACUGAUCACUGCUUUUUCUCACAAGUGUCGACUUUUCCAAUCCACGUUAAGCGAGGCCGAGCCUGAGGCUAAGGCUUCUGGUGUGUUUGUGCUCCGAGCGGCCAUCCAUUUCCCCUCUGCUCAGCCCAACAACCUUCAGCAUGAGAAUGUUUCAAUCACUGUACCCUAUACUAAGAGUCAGCAAGUGCAAUUCUUGGAUUUUAGGGCUACCGUAGAAAGGUUCGAUGAGAUUUGUCGCCGAAUUGAAGUUCUUCGUUCGGCCGAUAAUCUGAACGUGAUGGUACAUGAGUUGGCUCGUUUAUUCUUCUGCCAGUUUCGUCCCCAUUUCUCGAAAGACCAUCAGAGUCAUCUUCUUGUUUUGGUUGAUUUAGAUGCAACCAUCUCUGCCCGAUCUGAUCCUGGUUUGGAUAGUUAUGGAAUCCUUUUGCGUGAUAUGCAGCCGAGAGUUGAUGGAGAAGUCGUGGCGAGUGAAAUUCCGGAGGAGAUUGCUGCAUCAAACAACUUUGAAGAAAUCAGAUCCUUUUUGGAAGUUAGGAUUGUUUCUAUUGAUGAUCAGGUGUCUGACAACUGUUUAAUUUGUGCUUAUGAACCUGAAGUUGGUCGCAACAUUCAAACAGAACUUCUGCCAUGGCUGUACUUCAGUCGCGCUUGGAUAAACUCGAGAUGGCUCGUCAAGCUUGACUUAAUGCACGGUAUUACGCAGUCACUAUCUGAAAUAGCCCAGUUUAUCUCAAUUGCAAAGCUAAAAGCUACUUGUUUUUGCAGCAGCCAAUAUUCAUUGAUAGCAAGCCAAGCAAGGGUCUUUUUCUGUGAUGGAACUGAUAAGAGGUCUAAGAAUUCAGUUGUCCGAACUAAUAUCUGGUUUAGCUGCCAAGAUUUGAAUCCAGUUUUGGUUCAAGAAAUUGUUUCAACCCAUCCACAUUCAGUGGUACUACCAGUCCAGCAGAAAAGUGGAUCUCCAAAGCACAUUCCAGAUCCUCAGGCAUCUGGAUCUUCUUCAAGACUGGAUCAAGGUGCAACAGAAGAAAAUACUUUGAAAGUGAAGCUUCUUGAAGCAAGACUUGAGAGCCAACAUUCUCGCUCCAGAACUUCCUAG